AUGUCCGAGACAGCUCCCGCCCCGGCUGCUGAGGCAGGUGCUGCCGCCACUGCCCCGGCCCCCGCCGCUAAGGCCGCCGCCAAGAAGCCGAAGAAAGCGGCGGGCGGCUCCAAAGCCCGCAAACCCGCCGGCCCCAGCGUCACCGAGCUGAUCACCAAGGCCGUCUCCGCCUCCAAGGAGCGCAAGGGGCUCUCCCUCGCCGCGCUCAAGAAGGCGCUGGCCGCCGGCGGCUACGAUGUGGAGAAGAACAACAGCCGCAUCAAGCUGGGGCUUAAGAGCCUCGUCAGCAAGGGCACUCUAGUGCAGACCAAGGGCACCGGCGCCUCCGGCUCCUUCCGCCUCAGCAAGAAGCCCGGAGAAGUGAAGGAAAAAGCCCCCAAGAAGCGGACAGCUGCGGCCAAGCCCAAGAAGCCGGCGGCUAAGAAGCCCGCCAGUGCCGCCAAGAAGCCCAAGAAAGCGGUGACAGCGAAGAAGAGCCCCAAGAAAGUUAAGAAACCGGCGGCUGCCGCUGCCAAGAAAGCGGCCAAGAGCCCCAAGAAAGCGACAAAGGCUGCGAAGCCCAAGAAGGCGGCGGCAGCAGCGAAGAGCCCGGCCAAAGCGAAGGCGGUGAAGCCCAAAGCAGCAAAGCCCAAGGCGGCCAAGCCGAAAGCGGCCAAGGCAAAGAAGGCGGCGCCUAAGAAAAAGUAAACCUCUGUUGGAGAAAACUUUUGCUCCGCACUUAAACCCAACGGCUCUUUUAAGAGCCACCCACUUUCUCUCAAAAAGAGCUGAAAUAAGGAUGUUGUCAUUUUAAGUUCUGGGUAAAUGCUGGAAAGGCUUUAUAGUUUUCAAAAUCUAUUCAGUGGGCGCUGUGACAGGGAAGAACUUCAGGAACAGCCCUGGAUGCUGCAGUAACGGGGAGAUGCUUCACUCCUUUGAGACAGUUAAGUACUUAGGGACUUGCAAUUCCUUUGUUAUUUAAACACAGCCUUAUAGCUGGUAUUUAACGCUUUCCUUUCCCCAUCCAUACGUGCAGCUACGUGGGAGGGGAAGCGGAGGGGACGGUUUUCCGUGGCUACCAGAUAGCUCACCUCAGCGGUAGGGUGGGGCAGGUAAAAACUUUUAUUAUUUUCGGCUAUAAUAACACCGUGAAACACGUCAGCAUCUAAGACGACUCACUCGAACAUCAAAAAAUAAAUCUCCCCUGCCCACCAAAGACAUACUUUAAAAAAAACUAUAACAUAUAUAUGGCAAAAUAGUUAACGUAAAACUAUUGUUUUAGGAUAACACACAAUACAAUCCCAGUUUCCUAAAGGCUUACAAGCACGCUUAAGUAAUUCAGCUCUUCAGUGAUCUAGUGGGUGGCUCUGAAAAGAGCCUUUGGGUUUCUGUGCGAAAGGGCUUCCCCGGCGCUGUUCUUCAUCAGUGCAUUCACUUGGCUUUAGCCUUGUGGCUGUCGGUCUUCUUGGGCAGCAGCACGGCCUGGAUGUUGGGCAGCACCCCGCCCUGCGCGAUCGUCACCUUGCCCAGCAGCUUGUUGAGCUCCUCGUCGUUGCGGAUGGCCAGCUGCAGGUGGCGGGGGAUGAUGCGCGUCUUCUUGUUGUCGCGGGCCGCGUUGCCCGCCAGCUCCAGGAUCUCGGCCGUCAGGUACUCCAGCACGGCCGCCAGGUACACCGGCGCGCCGGCGCCCACCCGCUCCGCGUAGUUGCCCUUGCGCAGCAGACGGUGCACGCGGCCCACGGGGAACUGCAGCCCGGCCCGCGACGAGCGCGACUUGGCCUUGGCCCGCGC